GGCAUCAUGGGGAGAACUGUGGUGCAUCUCACCCUCAUUGGGCUGCAGCUGGCUUUGGCUUCCAUACUGCCAAACAAGGAUGACUGGGACGUCUACAGCUUUCACAUCAACUCCACAGUGACCAGUCGUUAUGCCACCACUGUCAUCACAAGCCGUGUGGCCAAUCGUAUGAACGAGUCAAAGGAAAUUGAAUUCCAUGUUCGGAUUCCCAAGAACGCCUUCAUCAGUAAAUUUCGAAUGUUUAUCAAUGGCCAAGUUUAUGAUGGUGUUGUGAAAGCUAAGGAGCAAGCUCAGCAGCAGUACACUGAAGCUGUGUCCCGUGGUGAAAGUGCUGGACUUGUCAGUUCUGUAGGAAGGACUCUGGAGGAAUUUAAGACCUCUGUAACUGUGGCUGCUCACAAAAAGGUCACGUUUGAACUCACAUAUGAGGAACUGAUGAAACGCACACAUGGCAAGUACGAGCUGCAAAUUCAUGCUCAACCCAUGCAGCCUGUCAGAGACUUCAAGGUGGAUGUGUACAUUCAUGAAGAAGCCGGCAUCAGUUUCAUUGAUGUGAAAGGAGGCCUGAGCACCAAAGGCUUCGCUAAUGCCAUCACCAAAACACAUGUUAAUAAACAGGCAUGGGUGUAUUUCUAUCCAACAGUGGAUCAACAGACAAUGUGUGACAACUGUGGAGAGCAGGGUAUGAAUGGAGAUCUGGUUAUUGUUUAUGAUGUCAACAGGAACAAUGGAUUGGGAGACAUCUCGAAAUCUCCUGGGUACUUUGUUCAUCACUUUGCUCCAUCCAAUCUUCCCCGAAUUUCCAAAAAUGUCGUCUUUGUUAUCGACAAAAGUGGCUCAAUGCAAGGCAGAAAAAUAGCGCAGACUAGGAUCGCAUUAAUCCAUAUUUUGAAUGACCUGGCAGAAGAUGACCAUUUUGGUGUGAUCACUUUUGAUGGCAACAUUUUUCCCUGGAAAUUGGAACUUGUUCAGGCCAACAGUAAAAACGUGGAAAGCGCCAAAAACUUUGCACGCAACAUUCAAGCUGGAGGAUACACAGACAUAAAUCAAGCACUGCUGCAAGGAGCAAAUAUGCUGAACACACAUGACAGAGACGGUUCAGCAUCAAUCCUAAUACUCCUCACAGAUGGACAGCCAACCAAAGGGGUGAAAAAUCUGGAGAAAAUCCAGUCAAAUGUAAGAGGAGCUGUUGCAGGCAAAUUCCCACUGUACUGUCUUGGUUUUGGUUUUGAUGUUGAUUUUAAGUUCCUUGAGAAAAUGUCGCUGCAAAAUAACGGUGUGGCACGACGGAUUUAUGAGGACUCUGAUGCUGAUUUACAGCUGAAGGGUUUCUAUGAAGAGGUGGCAACUCCUCUGCUGACAGAUGUGACAAUGAUCUAUGUGGGUGGGACCAAUCUAACCCAGACUAACUUCAGUCAGUAUUAUAAUGGCUCUGAGAUUGUGGUGGCCGGACAGAUCACAGACAAUGACAUUGAAACCUUCACACCUCAAGUUGUGGCCAUUUCGAGUAAUAGAAGGUUAGUAUUUUCUGACCAAAAUCGCAUUGUGGAAUCCGGUGGAAGUGUGUCUGAUGACCUUAUCCAGAAAGUUUGGGCGUACCUCACAGUUAAACAGCUUUUGGAAAAAGAGCUCCAGUUAUCUGGACCUGAGAAAGAGCAAGUAAAGAAGGAGGCUUUGAGGCUCUCACUGAAGUUCAGCUUUGUGACGCCGCUCACAUCUAUGGUUGUCACAAAGCCUCUGGGAGAGACCAUACAUGUGCUUCAUAAACCUAAGGAAUGUGAAACACCACAGAGAAGGAAGUCCCCUGGAUUAGCUCCUCUUCUCCACAGGUUUUUGUUAAAAGCUGAGAAUCAGACUGUUCCACUGUGCUUUGAUGUCAGUGGUGCUCUCAGCCUUAAACUUCUUCAUCAUCCCAGCAGGGAGCUGUUUGUGAAUGGUGAGCUUGAUUCAGUUGCAAACGGAGGUUUUGAGAGAAUUUUCAUACACUUCAAAACUGACCAGCAUGUUGAGAUUGACACCAAAGGAGUCACUGUACGAGAUGGACAGACAGAAACACAUCUCACUGGACAGGAUCUGGUCACUGCUGGAAGUGUCACAAUGAUUAUGCGCAACAAUGAAAUAGACAUUGCAGCAGGAGACAUGCGCCUGGUUAUUUUAGUUCAUAAGAAGAACAGCAUUAAAUUCCUUUGGCCAGUUUUAAGACAGCAUCCUUCAGCCAACAACACUGAUGGACUUUUAGCUCUAAAGUCAGCAGUUUAUGAGGAGGUACAACAAGUUGCUGCUACAAAACUAAAGAUUAAAAACCAGGAGAUCAAUGUUACUAGCGGCAAUGCCAAUGACUAUAGCAUUGCCUCUCCUCUCAUGAUGAACUGCUGGCUCACAUCUGCUGACUCUGCCUUGCAGAGACCACUGGCCGAUUUCAUUGUUCCACAACUUUAA